CAUCACGUUCACCAUGUUUCUUCGGCGCGUCAGAGCAACUUUUCCUUCUUCCAUAAGAUGUUUCAGCAGUAAUGGCGGCCAUGAUCUUACCGCUGCUAUUGCAGAGCCCAGUAAGGAAAUGGAGUCGGUAUUCGGCCAAACUCCUCCGAUUGACCUUUCUGGCUCUGUCAACAACUUGUCUGCUGCCCCAGAACCACAGUUGGCUUCUACAGGAACCGAAGAAAAUGAACAACGCUUGACCCAUAUUAGCAGAACAGGGGAAGCGCAGAUGGUGGAUGUUUCUUCGAAAGGAAUCAGCAAGAGAGUCGCCAUCGCUGGGUGCAAAGUUCUUCUGGUUUCUAAGAAGGUGUUUGAUUUGGUCUCUGAGAAUCAGGUGGCCAAGGGGGAUGUCCUCAGUGUGGCGAAGAUUGCAGGAAUUAGUGGGGCUAAGCAGACUAGCAACCUUAUCCCACUGUGUCACAACAUCAGUCUGACUCAUGUCCGUGUGGACCUGACCCUGAAUGAGAAGGAUUUCAGUGUUGAGAUAGAAGGAGAAGCUGCUUCCACUGGGAAGACAGGUGUGGAGACGGAAGCACUAACAGCUGUGACGAUUGCUGGACUAACUUUGUAUGACAUGUGCAAGGCUGCUUCAAAGGACAUAGAGAUAACGGAUGUAAGGCUCCUGCACAAAAGUGGGAGCUGGUCCAGGAAGCAGUAAAGCUGCACACAGAGAAGAAGGAUAAAAUUCAAAGACCCAAUCACCCAAAGGAAGAGCUGAAAUUCGCAUUCAAGGUUAGAUCUGUCUUGAAGCGACAUCACAGAACAUCAAAAAGAUCAAGGCGCAUGUGAAUCUUCACUCUUCAUCCCAUCUUUUAUCCUUUUUGAUGAUUUAGAUUCUCACUUCUGAGGUUCCUAGUUUAGGCUUUUAGCUCAAGUUCCUCCUCUCAUUUUGGAAUAUAUGUAACCUAAAAUAGGAAUACAUAGUUUUUUUUCAUCAAGGUAUCUUUUUUUGUUUGGGAGAAUUAUUAAUUUCCUUAAUAGGUCUUCCAAUCAAAGUUUAUGUUUUGUCUGUACAGGCAGACUUCUAAUAUCUUGAGCAAUAAUCUAGUUCUUGUACGGAGUCAUGUUUAGCAUAUUCAAAUUAUGACAACUGUUUGAUUCUUUGUUCCAGAUCAUUGUCCAAGGAUGACGGAUAAUCACUGAAGGGAUGAAAUAAAAUCCCUUUUGGGGUCUCAUGUUGCUCCUGAAAAAACUGAACAUCUUGAAGAGACAAAAAAUGUUGAUUUCUUGCUCCAGAUCUUCUAGGAAAUGGUCUUGAUCUUUCAAAUGUCAUUGAAGAAAUUCAUAGUUUUUCCUCCAAUGAAGACAAGACAAAAAUUAUUCUAUUUCUCAUAUUAUUUUCUGUUUAUAUUGUCUUUUUGACAAGGUCCAGUUGUAGGUUGAUUUUCUUACUCUAUAUAUAUGUUAAUGUUAUAGUUUUGUUGUUUUCAGACAUUCCUUAGGUCUAGUUUCAGUAAAUCCUAUGGUUUUUGUGACCAUUAAAUGAUUUCCAAUUUAUAAUGCUCAUGCUGCUGUGAUUUCAUCUUGUUAUUACCGUUUCAAGAUUUCCUCACUGGUAUGAGCCUGUAAGAACAGAAAAGAACAAUGCUGACACUGGGUUCUUCAGAUAAUCUGGUAAUUUACCGUUGGGAAUCCAGCUGUGCAGUUGGCCUAUGCCUGUGUUCAAGGGGGACCCACCAUAGGACUUGAACAACAGCUGUGGAUGACCACUUUUUUUUUUUCUUCUUCUUUUUUGGCUAAUUUAUCCCACAGUGCCCCCUACUGGAUAUUGAGGGCCAACGGCCAACCUGCUCCGCAAGGGAGGGGGGGGGACACCCACCAGUGGCUGGAGUCAAUACUCAGACCUCCAGGCCCCCUACUGGAUGACCACCAUGCUCUUAUAAUGGACAUGGUGCUAGCUCCCAGGAGAUAGACAUUUCAGUAUUUUUUUCUUUUUUGGUAGAGACAUUUCAGUAAUUCACUAAUACUUUCUGAGUGAAUUGCAGAAGUACACUCCUUAGUGAGGUACCUAGAAUAUUGGUACUUAAUGCAAUGGAGGUAAUCUUUUUGUCUAAUCAAAUAUGUACUAUGUUAAUUUUUUUGGGGGGGUGGAUGUACUUUGUUAAAUUCAGUGGUAACAAGUGAGGAACAUAGAAACACAUAUAUUUCUUCUUUGGAGAAAAGAAUGCUACCUGGUCUUGCGCUCCUGCACUCAAGCAUAGGACUGGUGAGAUGCCCAUCCUGCCCACCCCUGUUGGAUGCUUGGAUGUACUCCCAUUGGCCCCCUUGCUGGAGCAGGGCCCAUGCGACCAGGUAGUAUUCUCUCUCCCUAAGUCUUUAUAUUUCAGUGAUAUACAGAAAUGGGUCUAUUUUUGUUGAAGACUGUAGGCACACGGAUGUUGUGGGAAAACCAAAAUGAAAGCUUUUAGUUCCAGGUGGCUAAAAGGCUUAACUCGAUAAGCUAGUUUUGACAAAAUAAAGAAAUUUGAUCAAAACUGAGAAACUAGAUGAGAAGAAAUACAAUUCUUAAUUUGCGAAUAAACCAUCCUCAUUACCAAUUUUUACACCCUUACACAACAACAUGAUUUGCUUAGUGCUUCUGGUUCAUUUUUUUUUUCUCCUUUAUUUUCUGUUACUUCUUUUCUAAAUGUAAUGGUAAUGGCAAUGGCACUUAUGUUUUCAAUCUUAGUAGUUUCUUAGGAGUUAGGAUUGAAUCUCUGAAGUUUGUUCGCUUGGAUAGCCCGUUAUUUUAAUUGUAUAGCUAGCUUACUUGCUCAUGUGAUUAAGCAGUUUAUCCGUUUCUUGUACCUUCAAUUUCCAGUUUGAUUAUUUGCACGCAAUUUGUUAAUGGUGUGCUAUUUAAUCUUUUCUUUUAGAACUUGAGUUGUUCAGCUCAUAUUAUUUUACUUGAUUGAACAAGUAUCAAGUAAUGGAUUAAGAGCAUCCUGUUAAAUGCAGAAAUUGAGAAUAAAGUGAAAAGGAUCUUGAAGCUUAUCAAAGAUGAAGGAGAAGAGGGCAAUUUGAACAUAGAGUCACAACUUGUUGACCUCGUCAUGGAGUACUACAAACAGUACGAAUCACUCAACGAACAUCAUGAUGAUCAUACUGCAGAGUUAAAGGAAAAGCUCCAUUACCAAGAAGGAACUAGUUCCAGCCAAUAUUCCGAUUCGGAUCCUUCUAAGGAGAAAGCCAGUGGAAGCAUUAAACAACAAGUUGAAGCUGCAAAUGAUAAGGGGAAGGAAAUCUAUGAAGACCUGCAAGUCAGAGAUGAUCAGUUGAAAGAUGAGAAUUCAACAUUGCAGGAUGAGAAGGAACAGAGAAUAAUACAGGGUUUACAAUUAGAGCUGGCCUCUUUAAAAACCCAGAAAAAAGAACUGGAAGAGCAUUUUGAAGAGAAAAAUUUGAAGCUGCAGUUGGUUCAAACUGAACUACGAGACAAAAUUUUAGAACUGGAAAGAGUAUCAAAAGAGAAGAGGAUAUCCAAAGCAAAUUGAAAUUGCAGAUUGCAGGAGAAAAACAAGAAGCUGAAGGAAGAAAGAGUCCGGCGAUAAAAAUAACAAUGAGCUAGCUAGCAAGAUUGCUAGUCUGUAGAAAGCACUGAAAAAGUCAAUUAAAGAGCAGAAACAACUUCAGGAUCAGUCUCAGGAAACCUACCUGACAAAACUUGGCCUGAAAGAUGAGAUAUUUGAUUCAUGUAUUGAGCUGUCUAAGAAGAUGAAGGAAGAAAUAGAAAUUACAAACGAAGUGAUUAUAAUAUUACAGGAUGAGAUAAACAUGACUGAAGCUAAACUGCGGAUCUCAAACAAUAAGCUUCAUGUCACAGAACAAUUACUUGCUGAGAAGAAAGAAGUCUACAGAAAAGAAGAAAAGUUCCAACAAGAAUGUAAAGAACUCAAGGAACAAAAUUCCAAAUUGUCGAAUGAGAAGACAAAAAAUUCAUUCUCCGGACUUGAAGUAGUGUUGCAGGAGUUCCAGGAAAAUGACAAUUCCUUCCAGAGCCGUAUUGUUGUAGUCUAAGAUGCACUUUGGAUUGUAAAGAACUUGCUUGUGGACACAAAUGGUAAGAUAGAAGAAUUGGAGAAGAGACUCAACGAGAAAGAAGAUGAGGUGCUCAAAAUAGAGGAAGAGAAGAAGUGAUUUGGUGCUCAGCAUGUGUACCACUGUGAUCAAAUUGAUGAUCUGAAGGAUGUCUUGAGAUUUUCAUUUUUUUGUCCAGUUAGUCUGUCCACCUGCAAUUUUUUCAUUUUUUCACUUGUAGAGCGGGUGGACUUGUUAAUAGAAUUGAGAAAUGGAUACCAAAUCUAGCUUUCUUUUCAGUCUC